GUUCGCUUUACGAGCAGCUUUACGUUCGAGGCGCGAAGGCAGUGAUGCUAGGGGGUCGGAGUCAUUUUGGUCCUGAUGCGAUCUGUGAUCAAAAACGAGCAUGUGUGUCAGUGCUCCAGUCACAACAAUGUUUCGGAAACCCUUUCGGGUGAAGACCAACAUGCAAUUGAAAGGGUCGGACCGCAAGAAGUUUCGCAGCAAUCUUGAACGAUGUUUUCCUGCGACGGUUGAUCCUCAGGCAUAUCCUCUCACGUCAAAAGAGAACCAGGUUACACAGACAAAGCUUGUUUGCCACAGGGGAGAGAUUGUGCAAGUCUAUUCAAUAAACGCUGACCCCGUGGUCUUCGAGUACCUAUCCAAAUGGUUCUUAACAGUGUACGCCAUAUGGAAAGCCCCAUCUGCUGUACCAGUACUGCUUACGUGGGAAGCGGUCAUUCGUAAACUUUCCAAUGGCGCGGACCUAAUGAUUCCUGGUGUGGUAGUUCGGGACGAAAACCGUGAUGCUUAUAUGGGCCUUUCAAAGGGAGAUGUUGUACAGAUCCGUGUCGUCGGAUGCUCUCAAGCGGUAGCUAUUGGCGUAAUGCUGAUAAGUGGCAAAGAACUCGUGACGAACCAGAAAGGCAAGGCUGUACAGGUUGUACAAAUAUAUGGGGAUCAUCUGUGGGAAAUGGGUUCGAAGACGGCCAUUGACUUUAAGCACGACCUCGGCGAUGAAGAAAAGCCAGUUCUUAGCAGUGACGAAGACGUCGAAGAGACUGAGCCAGAUGGUGAUAAAAAAGAAUCAUGUGACGAUAACGUCGCAGGAGAUAAUGGAGAAACCAAGGAAAACAAAGAAGAACAGGUCCCGGCGGAAGAUGACAAGGAACUGGGAAAAGCGCUUGAAGAGAUGAGAAUUAAUGAACCCCGAGAUCCACAGGAGCGAAUGGAUGAUUUGUUGAAAGAGUGCUUUCUCUCGGCGCUAAAGAGUUCGCAUAAACAUAUCCAGCUACCAAUUUUGACUAGCAUUUUUUAUUCCAACUAUGUAAUGGCAUGUGCGCCUGAUGGACAGACUGUUGAAAUUAAGAAGAGUUCAUUUAAGAAGGUGUCGAAAUUUUUGGCUGAAAUGGAAGCGCUUAAUUACAUAACGAUAAAAGAGGAAAAGAAGGGAGUUGAAAUGAUAACAGGCAUCAACGAGGAGCUUCUGUCUUCACUUCACUUAAAACCAGAAUUCCAUCCAAAGACAAAGGAGGUCAGUUCGACAGGAGAAUCAUCUUCAUACCAAAUGCCCGAAAUUCGACAAAUUUUUCUUGUUACUGCCGAAGUAUUACCAAUCAUUAAGGGAUACAUGAAAGGUUCUAUAAUUACACUGGAAGAUAUCCGACUCCAAAUCAAGCAGUACGUCCAGGAAAAUAAUUUACAAACAGCGGACAAACGGAUUGUCCAACUGGAACCAAUACUCGCCCGAGUCGUACUUGCCAAGAAUGAGUAUGACACACAGGUUACCUGGGAGACUCUCAAUAGAAGGAUUCUUUCAAAGUGUCAGUCAGCGUACGAGAUCCGCGUGCCCAACAGGGAGCCGAUUAUAAAGAAAGGAGCGAUUGAGCCCAUCACUAUCUCUGUUGCCACGAGGUGUGGCAACAAAAAGGUGACCUUAAUUCACGGGUUUGAGACAUUCGGUAUCGAUCCCGCGCACUUCGCCCACCAAGUACAGAUCGGGGUAUCUGCCUCAACAACCGUUUCUCCAAUUAGGGCAAAUAACAAAGGAUGGCAACAGGUGCUGAUCCAAGGAAACCAAGUUCUUUUUGUUGGCAAACUGUUAUUAGAAACGUACAAGAUUCCACGGAACUAUGUGCGAGGCCUAGAGCUCGCGCCGAAGAAAAAGUAAACACAGAUUGUUAGUUCCGAGCGAU